AUGCAGCGCAAAAGUGAUCGUUACAAAUUUAAUGAACGAUGUAUGAAUAGACAAAAGGAUGAGCUAGAACGUUUUGGAGUACAACCUUUGCGUGCUGUUGUUGCAGUUAAGAAUAGUUCACUUUGGCUGCGCUGUUUUGAAUGUCUUCAUCCAGACGAUGCUGAUGAAUUAGAAGAUAAAUGGAAACCAAGUCCUUCGGCUAUUGGGCGCAGAAUACAGUCAGUGCUUAAAUUCAUUAAGGAGAAAAUAGCUCAAGCGCGAAAACACAAAAGAAGACCAACAGUUAUCGAUGAAUUGGCUAAAUAUUACUGGCAAAAAAGUGUUGAAUUCAAUAGAACUCGAAUAUGGAAAAAAGCAUCUCAAACGUUUGACGACAAAGGGAGAGGCUUACAAGAGGAAGUAAUGAAUUUUAUUGACAGAAUUUUUGCCAAAGACAAGGAUAAGGAGGAGCGAGUAAUGGCGGUCAUUGGACGAACGCGAGUAAUGGCGGUCAUGAGAACGACUGAAUUUUUGUCUUUAUUGGUUUUAAUGUGA